GGAGCCGGAGAGAGGAGAGGGCAGAGCGGGGAGCUCGGCUUCGGCUUUUAUUAUGUUCAAUUCGACCUGUAUUUACGCGUCUAAGCGGCAGGACUCAUGGUGAAGAGAAAGAAGACGUCCCCUGCCUCGGAAGAGCUCGAAAAUGGCAUGACACCAGGCUCCAGGGAGGGGGCCGGUGUCGACGGGAGGCAGAAUCCGUCCAGAAAGCCCGAAGCCUGCGACGAGGAGGAGAGCGGAGAGCAGGCGAGCGAGGAGCGCAGUACAAAGGGAGACGACCGAGUGGAAAUACUUAAUCCAUCAGCCGCGGGUCUCGGCUCCGGUUCUGUCCUCCCCGUCUCUCCGCCGAGCCGAACCGGGCUGGGCUCGAACCAGCAGCAGCCCAACACCUCAACGGAACCCGCCCCUCCGUGUCACGACCAGCAUCAUUUUCUCAGGUCGAGCGUCCGACCUCCGAGCAAACGGAUACGGAAGGAUUCAAUCGGAUCCACCAUCAAUGGACACAGCGGGGCCAAAUCGAAAGGGGCAGAGAACAGUUCUUCUCAUGGGGCUGUGGGACAGUCUGUGGCUGGCUCCACAGGAGGGUUGUCGAAGGCGUCCAAGAGCCAAGGGUCUGCUGAGAAGGAGGAGCAAGCUGGAAGCCAGAAGAGAGCCCGUCGGCAGUGGGAGUCUUGGAGCGCAGAGGACAAAAACAGCUUUUUUGAGGGGCUCUAUGAGCAUGGGAAGGAUUUUGAGGCGAUCCAGAACAAUAUCGCUAUGAAAUACAAAAAGAGAGGAAAGCCGGCCAACAUGGUGAAGAACAAAGAGCAGGUCCGGCAUUUUUACUACCGCACCUGGCACAAGAUCUCCAAGCACAUUGACUUUGCCAACGUUUACUCUCGCGUCUUGAAGAAAUCUUCUCAAGAACUGUAUGGUCUUAUCUGCUAUGCUGAGCUUCGUAAAAAAGUUGGAGGACUAAUGGAUGAAAAGAAUGUGGCAAAGCUAAAUGAACUAAUCCAGCAAGGGGCCACCACUGUUCGCUCUAAAGGGAGGAACCUGCGAAUUAAAGCACCCAUGUGCCGUGCACUGAAGAAACUCUGUGAUCCAGACGGAGUGAGUGAUGAAGAAGACCAGAAGCCGGUGCGUCUGCCCCUGAAGGUGGCGGUGGAGCUUCACCCACGCAGUAACCACUCAUGGGCCCGUGUUCAAAGUCUGGCACACAAUCCUCGCCUCAGGAUGGUGGUGGAACUCCACAGGAAAGUCUCCAACCUCAUCGAGUACCUGAAACAGAAGUGGGCUUACCAAGACCAACGAAUUCUUAUGAGUAUCAUGGAGAGGGAGGCUGUUGAGGCCAGUCAGUCCAGCACAGCCUCUCCCAGCAAAAAACAAGAGGAGCUCUUUCUGUUCCCAGCUGAAAACAUCACAUUGACUACACUGCCUGGUGUGGCACGGGUGGUUCAUUCCAAGGCCUCCUGCACUGUACACUGGCUAGAGAGUGGCAAGAACCGACCCAAUGCCAAGGACCUUCCAGCAGCCCAGAUUUUAGGGGGACCCCUAAAAUCAGUGCCACCUCCCCGAGGUAGCAGCAAGUCUGGCCGAGGAAGCUCUGCUGUAGCUACUACCUCAGCGUCUGUACUGACUGAUUCUCGUCGGACUGAGCCCUCUAAUUCAGAACCAUCACCCGACAGUUCUGGAAAGCUAGAAGAAAAGAGGCCGCAGUCUCUUUCUGUGGCCUCUCAGCAAACUGCAGCUCCUAGCGAAGAGGGAAAUGCCUUGGGCUUUUCAGAGUCUGGCAAGACGUUCACUGAUGUGGAGGCCAGUGGUGGGUUAGAGGUGAAUAGAAGUGCAGAGAAGUUGUGCAGUGGUGCAGAUAGUUCAUCAGAGCAGUGCAAAGAGGAGCAGAACAACGAGACCUCAUCCCCAGAAUCUACCCAGACCCCUUCAGCUAAACCUUCAGUUAUGAGCUCAGAGGAGAGCUCGGCACCGCCAGCAAAAGAACGGACUGUGGAGCAUAUCAGAGAGGAGGGGUGGAGUGCCCGUGAUGGGGAGAACGUCACCCUGGCUGAGCUCUACCUGAUGUUUGGGAAACCAGGCAAGCUGCAGCUGGAGUAUGAGUGGCAGCCUGCUGUAGUUCCUACCAGCAACCUUGAAGCUGUGGUUGUACAGCCCAAGCCCAACAGGACAAACAGGGUUUUGCGCUGCCUGCUCAAGCUGAUUUCCACUGAGGUCAAUCCUAAACCUCUGGCUGCUGAGGUGUGCUCCACAGCCACGUCACCACUGAAGAGCCAUCAGGAGGAGCAGAACCAGAUCCUCACUCCUCCAGGGAAGGGUCCUAUCGCAGGAGUUCGCAGCCCCAGCUGUGGUCGGCAACAAGCUCCUGUUCGAGUGACCAGAAUUCACACAUCCAACUCUGCAGCCUCUGGCGGACGUAACCUCCCUCGUUCUCUGCUAGGGUCGACCGCGAGCGGCGACUCAGAAGGCAGCCUGUUUGCAGUACCCACCACACUACCCCCCAACAGCUCCCGACACAACAGAAUGUUCUCCCCGAACAAGGAGGCCCAGCUCGCCUUCAGACAGCAGCUGGACUCCAUCAGUAUGCAGUCAGAUCUUUUCCUCUCCAGACAGAGAAAACCUCGAAACAGACAACUUCGAAAGCCCCUCGUAGUUCAGCGAACACUGCUGCCUAGGACUGCAGGAGACACUCCUCAACAUGUCUGCUCCUUCUCCAUCCUCUCCAACUCCUCCGCUACAGGAACUGGAUCUUUCCGGCCAAUCCAGACUCGCCUGACUCCAUGCUCCCGCCCUCCCACAGCCAAAACCUCACCUCCAGCAUCCAGCUCUGCACUACCCAGCCAGCUCUCCAGUGCCAUUGACCUGGCAGCCAAGUCUGCAGGCAUCAUCCCCGGCAGCCCCUGUCGGGAGUUAGAUUCUCCUAGCGGCGCUCUGCUCGCAGCAACACCCAUUGUUGAUGCUGAACCAGACUCCCAGCUGCUCCAGCAAACUGUCCCAGAGAACGGUCUACCUCCACCGUCUCCCGGAGCGACUGGCGGCGGAGACUCGCUCCUCUCUCCACCCAGUGUCGCCUCGCUGCUCGACAUCUCUCUGCCGGGCCCGCCUGAAGAGGCUCUCGCUCCUGGAGAACCUCAAACGCACAUCAGCGACUCCCUAAUUGAGCUUGCCAUCAACUCGACACACUAUGGUGAGGAGGCUGCUCUCUCUCCAGCCAAACUGGGAAAUGGUGACCCGUCCAAACUGCUGGCCUCGUCUCCCUCCGUCAGCCCAUCCAGAGGGUGGAUCCCCUCACCGAGCCACGACCCCCAGUGGUACCCCAGUGACUCCUCCGACUCCACCCUGGGAUGCCUUCUCUCCAGUAUGGUCUCUCCUGAUAAGGGCAGGCGGACCACCCUAACCCCAACCGGCCCCUCUAGCGGCACAGCUUUGCUUGGUCCAAGCCUCUUGGACUGCAACUCCCACGAUUCCUUCCAGUCCCGUGGCCUUCCUGAUGUAGCUGAAAUGGACUCUCAGCUUGCCUGCAUGAUGAGCGAGAGCAGCGUGGACUACAUUGCUCGCUUCAACGAUCUGGCUCAGGAGCUGGCCGUGACCGAGCCCUCCAUCCCACCUCCCUGA